AUGUAGAGAGUCAUCGUUUACUACGCAUUCAAAAUAUGGGAUGGUCUCUUUAUUGGAAACAGCCGUGCUCCUUUAGAAAGAGACUUUUUGUUAAUGAACAAAAUAAAUAAUAUCAUUAAUUGUGCUGCGGCUGAACUUACAUUUAAUGGCAACGGAAACGUUCUCUGUUUCAAUUGGAGAGACGCUGACGAACAAAGUAUUGUUACAACUGAAAAUCUCGAAAAAAUAAGUGAAUUUAUUGAAACAGCCACAAACAAUGGAGAGGGAGUCUUGUUUUUCUCGCUUAAAGGAUAAAGCAGAGCCUUAACAGCAUUAUCAGCUUAUUUAAUUUACAAAUAUCGUUGGGGCCUAAUCAAAACACUCCAAUUCUUAAACUCAAGAAGGAAGGACUUUGAAAUCAGACCAGCAUUCUUAAAAUAAUUAUUGGACUUUAGCAUUGAAUACUUCAAAACCAAUUAAGAAAGCAAGAAUUGGGAUCAUUAUACAGAAAAUCAAGAAAUUUUGGUUAUUUAAAAUACCUAUUUGAAUUCCCAAUAAUAACCACCAUUAAUUACUAAAACUCUUGGAUCUUAUACUAUUCCAAGUGGAUAAAAAUAAAAUGUAUCCUGGUCUAUUAACUUGAUAUAAUAAAUAUAAACAAUCUAGAUUAAGGAAGAAAUACAAUAAAAUAAAGAAUUAAAAUCUAUUUUAAAAGGGUCUAUUUCAAAUUCUUAGAAAGAUAAGUAAGUAAGAUGUGUUUCAGUAAUUGAUAAUUCAAACAUAUAUUUUGAUGAGAGCAUUCUAUAAAAUAUGUUUAUCAAAAAAAAGUUACAGACACCUAAAAUUAAUAGUUUAAGUUUGGAAAGCAAAGCGAGCAAAAAUGAAUUAAAACUUUUUGGCAUAUCUUAACAAAGGCCUGUCUCUAGAAGGCCAUAGUAUUUCACUCCAGAAAAGCAAAGGAUUCUGCAUAACACUAAAUAGAUUCUGGACACUUAUUUGAACGCAUAAUUAAAUAAUAUAUCGUUAUUGAGAGGUCGAGCCAUUCACACUCCUAUGAGAGAAAGAAUAAGGGCAAUUUCUUAAUAGAAUACAACUCCCAAUAAAACUCCAACUCGAAAUAAAUAAUCCUUUUUUUUAUUCGAAAAUCAAAAUACAAGAUGGAUUAAUCCGAAAAAAUAACCUUAAUUUAAAAUUAAAUGA